AUGAUCCCUCUUGGUGGCCGGUCAUCGAUGCAAUUCGGUUUUCUAGCUAUUUUGGAGGUUCAUGCAGAGCAGUCAAAUAUUAAGCUGACACAAUCUAACCUUGGCUACGUUUUCGCAGUUGCCGCCUUUGUUGGAGUGACGUAUGACUGGGAAUCUUCAGCCCUUACAUUUGGACAAGAGGUUGAAUUGGUCUGGAGGCAACGUUGGUCUCUGAUGUCAUUUUUGUAUCUUGGUGCACGCUACCUUGGAAUCUUUUAUGCUGCCCUGAACAUGCUUAGAUACAGGCACUCUUCCGACCAUCUCGCUGACAGAUACAGCGGGAUACUGUACUUCGUACAGGAUUGGAUAGGUGUUUUUGUAUUUGCGAUGCUGUGGGUCAUCAUGAUCACUCGGUUGUAUGCUAUGUAUCAAGGAUCUAGAAGGAUCCUGAUAUUUCUUAUUGUCACCUUCCUGGCUAUCAACGCUUUUGACGGAGUGGCCGCUAUGAUAUUUGUGACACAUAUUUCAGGAAAGGAAUAUAUUCUCUCCGACACUUACAUGUGCCAGACUAGCUUUGCGCAAGAAGUCUUACUUCUGGAUUCCAUUGCUUGGAUACUUGCAACUGUGUGGGAGGUCCUCGCACUAUGUCUCGCAGUUUGGAUUGCUGUAAAACACUUCCGUGAGCUGCGACGUCAUUCAACAGGAGGGAUUAUCGGGGACUUUUUUUCGGUGUUGAUCAAAACUCACAUGGCAUACUUCGCGAGCUUUGUCGCUGUUUCUUGCUUCACCUUCGUUGUUGAUUUAUCUCCAGCGAUCUCAACGAACGCAGAUUCCCUCGAAUCUCAGACUUUUUAUGGCUUGCUUCAGAUUUCGACAGUCGUGCAGGCGUUUGUGCUUGGACCACGCUUGAUCCUUGGCAUUCGAGAAUACCACGCUAAGCUCGUGGCCAACGCCGACGCAGCAUCUGGUAUGACCUCAAUCGCUUUCCAGGAGCGCGUGCAUAUAUCGACUAGCAGUAGUGUGUGA